UAAACAAACACCAUUGUUAUUGUGACUAGCUUUCUACCAAUAGAGUACACUAUCAUUGUCACCAAUACUUUCUAUCUACCAUUGUAUUCCGAACCAUCACUGCUUUAUUAGCACUCCCAUCCCCACCAUUAACUUUUGUUGCCAUCACUAAUAAGAUAAAUGAUGAAAAUAUAUUUUAAGAAAAUUGAAGUGAUAAAGCAAAGGUUUGUUGAGCUCUUCAGUAACAUGCCAAACAAUAACACCCUGAACGAAACAGAGCAUCCUCUGAUAAGGUCAACGCCGCCACAACCCUCUCUCUUCCAACGAACAUGUUCCGAAUCCAAGAAACUCUGCCACAUCGCCGCACCCUCCAUCUUCACCCGCCUCGCCAUGUUCUCCAUCACCGUCGUCACCCAAUCGUUCGCCGGCCACCUCGGAGACCUCGACCUCGCCGCCAUCUCCAUCGCCUGCACCGUCCUCAUCUCGAUCACAUUCGGUUUCACGCUGGGAAUGGCGAGCGCGCUCGAAACCCUCUGCGGCCAAGCCUACGGCGCCGGACACCACCGCAUGCUGGGCGUUUACUUGCAACGCUCCUGGCUCGUCCUCUUCCUCUCGUCGAUCCUCAUGCUGCCGAUUUUCGUGUUCGCCGCGCCGCUGCUGAAGCUGGUGGGUCAGCCCGUCGCGGUGGCGGAGCAGGCGGGGCUGGUGGCGGUUUGGCUGAUCCCGUUUCACCUCAGCUUCCCGUUUCAGUUCACGCUGCAGCGGUUCUUGCAGUGCCAGUUGAAGACCGCAAUCGUUGCUUGGGUUUCGGGGGUGGCCCUUGCGAUCCACGUGUUAGUGAGUUGGGUUUUUGUUUAUAGAAUGAGGAUUGGGAUCGUUGGCACUGCCCUUACCAUUGGUUUCUCGUGGUGGAUCUCGGUUUUGGGGCUGCUCGGGUAUACCCUGUUUGGUGGGUGCCCCGAUUCGUGGAGUGGCUUUUCUUCUGAAGCUUUCGUUGGCCUUUGGGAUUUUUUCAAACUCGCUUUGGCUUCUGGGCUCAUGCUUGCGUUAGAGAAUUUCUAUUACAGACUGUUGCUUAUAGUGUCUGGGUAUAUGCGUAACACUGAGAUUGCAAUUGAUGCUCUUUCUGUUUGUGUGACGAUUUAUGGUUGGGAAUCCAUGAUACCGCUUGCAUUUUUGGGUGCAACCGGGGUGCGUGUAGCAAACGAGCUUGGCGCAGGCAAUGCAGAAGGUGCAAAAUUUGCAACUGUGGUUUCUGUGGUAAUUACUGUACUGGUGGGAUUUGUAUUUUGGUUGAUUAUCCUCUUCUUCAACAAGAAUCUUGCCUUGAUCUUUACAUCGAGCUCGUCUGUUAUCCAAAUGGUCAAUGAACUGUCAGUGUUGUUAGCUUUUACUAUUCUUCUUAAUUGCAUUCAACCAGUUCUUUCAGGGGUGGCAGUUGGAUCUGGUCGUCAAGCAAUAGUGGCUUAUAUAAACAUUGGCAGUUACUACAUGGUUGGAAUACCUCUUGGGGUUCUCCUAGGCUGGUUGCUGCCUUCGGCUAUUGUUGGUAUGUGGACCGGAAUGAUGAGUGGAACGGUGUUUCAAACAUUGAUCUUGGCUAUUGUUACCAUGAGAUAUGAUUGGCAAAAAGAGGUACGGAAAGCCCAAAUUCUUAUUAAAGAGGAGGCAUCAUCCAACCAAUAACAAAGGUGAAAUUCGUAUUUAUAUAAUGACCGUGAAAAAUAUUGCUUUGCUAUUUAAGGUAAUUUUAUUCUUUGUCUCUUAAAAAAAGACCAUCUCAAUCACAGAAUCGUGGUGCUUUACCAUUAAAUUUAAGAUCCCCCGAACCAUGUAUUUUUAAUGGAUGUAUAUUUCACUCAGAGCAGAAACUUGGUGCAACUCACAGAAGUUGUUUGAAGUUUUUUGUGAGUCCUAUUUUUUCUUGCUCCAAUUUUAUGAGUCCUAUUUUUUUUUUUGAGCGGAUUUUAUGAGUCCUAUUAAGACACGUUAUUUCUCAUUAUUUUGUGCAAUACAAAUUAAACUCUAGUGGUGUAACUCUAAAUAGUCAUUAAAUGAAUUCUUCAAGUUA